AAACCAACAAAAAGGAUGAAAUAAUAAGAAGCAUUCUUUCAAGAGGAAUCAUGUUAGAUACAAAAGGAAGAAACAAAUGGUAUCCUUGAAAUAGAAAAUGACCAACCAUUUAAACCACAUUAUGGAAACAACUUUAUGUUUAAAUUUUCUGAUGGUCAACCAUAAAUAACGAUAGGUCCUCACUGUAUUACAUUUUGAUAUCUCUAGGGCCUUUGAGUCUAUGCGUGAUAAUUUCUAUAAUAUUGGGAACGUAUUUUAUUAGUACUACAAUAUACCUCAAAUCCGGUAUCUGGGCUAGUUUAGCAUCUAUACUCAGUAGCUUAAUAUUGGAAGUAAGUUUUCUAAGAGUUUUUCUCAAAAAUCCUGGAGUCAAUUUUACAUUAACAGAAGUUACAAGAACUGAGAGUAUCAAUUUUAUAUAAUCAAGAAUCGUGUUAACCAUGCAAACUCAAAAAAGAAUUAGGAACUUAUCAUUGUUUUGAAUGUGAUAUUUGUGUUAGAGGUUAUGAUCAUCAUUGUCCUUGGGUUGGAAAAUGCAUCGGCGAAGGCAAUAUAAUAGAAUUUUAACUGUUUUUGCUUUCAUUUCUACUAUUUUUUGUUUGCAAUAUAUUUUUAGUCCUAAUGUGA